AUGUCCGCUCCAAACGCUGGCCGCCAAUCGCCCGACCCAGAACGUCAACCAGGUGCCCAACUACAAGACCCGCCAGGCCUCGGAAAAGCGACUCCCAACGCCGCCCCGUCCGAUAAAUACUCACAGGAAAAGUCAGAGCAGACCAAAGCCGGACUACAGAGUAACCCGGAGCAUCCGUUGGAGAAGUAUGCGAGGGAGAAGUUGGGGUGA